CGGGGCCAGUUUCCUGCCGGACUCCCGUGGGUGUUGGGAGUCAAAAAGAAUUUUCUAAUCCGUCACCAUUGUGCCAAUUGUCUAUAAAAAUUAAUGUGCGAGUGAAGCUCUGCCUUCACAGUAGGGCUAUCAAAUUCCAAAUCACUGUUCAUGAAAGAGUCCAAACAAAGACAUGAAUGACUCUGAAGAUUUCAAGACCCAUUGUGUGUUUUCCAGGAGGGCCAGAGUAGAAGCAAAGACCAAAUAGAUGGUACAAGGAUGAGCCUGGGUCACAGGAAGGGAGUGAGGGUGACUGGGAGACAUGUACCACCGGUGGACUGGAGCAGCAGCAGCAGUGGAGGUCCAUCCAUCAUCCACUCUCCCAUCAGCACCCCUGUACCUCCAGAUACCCCCACUGUGAUCUCCAUCGGCCCCCUGCCUCACAGGGCGCAUGAGAGAGUUGAUGAUCCCAGGAUGGACAAACCAGCAACUGGGGAGGACUGGUCCACAGACACGUCGUCUCAAACCAGGGUGUCCUUCGGUGAGAUGGGCGUUCCCCGGCAGACCAUGGAGGAGCUGAAGACCAUCCUGAGGGAAAGUCCUCUGCUCAGCAUCCGGGGUAGAGAUGAUGGGAAGCCAGGGAGUCCUUAUACAUACCUCCACGGAAGCAGCAGCAGUGGCGGUGGUGUUGGUGGAAGGCCCAAUGGACGACAGGACGAUGGAAACCCCAACAGGGUGUUCAGCACCUUCAAACCCCAGUCUGACGCUUCCAGAAGGGGGCCCAUGUCCAGAGAUAGCACAUCUAUUCAGCAGCCUUCCGGCAUGGAUUCAUCCAGCUCACUCAGGUCUGAUGCAAACACAAAUAGGCAGCCUGGAGUCAGGGAUCACACAUAUGCAAGCAGCGGCUCCUGGGGCGAGACUGGAGGUUCUAAUACAGAUAACGAAACCGAGUCAGUCGAGAUCUUUGGGAAUCAGAGGUUCAUUUCAGCCAUGGAGCAGAUCAAGCAGCAGAUCGCCAGAGAAAACAUCAACUUUGUCCGCUUUGAGGCCACCGACCUCCACGGGGUGUCCAGGUCCAAGACAGUGCCUGUCCGCUUCUUCCAUGAGAAAGCAGUAUAUGGGGUACCGAUGCCGAGAAGCUACUUGGAGCUGACCCUGAGCCCUAAGAGCAACGAAGUGGACAAUGCCAGCGCCGCCAACUUCAGCAGUGAUGUCCUCCUGAUCCCUGAUCUUUCAACCUUCAGGGUCUUACCCUGGGCUGAGCAGACAGCCCGAGUCAUCUGCGACCCCUGCACUGUGACAGGAAGCCCUCUUCGCACCUCACCUCGCCUCAUUGCCAAGCAGCUCCUCGGCCAGCUCCAAAGCAUGGGAUUCUCCCUGCACUCAUCCUUCACCUACGAAUGCUGUGUCCUCGGAGCGCCAGACCGGAUCGGACCAAAGACACUCAUGUUCCCGGCCACCACCCUGCUCAGCAAUCAUGACCUGCCAUUCUUCCAGCAGCUGGUGGACAGCAUGUACUGCAUGGGUGCAGACAUAGACAGCAUCGCCUCUGCAAGCGGCCCCGGCCAGAUGGAGAUCAACCUGAGGCCAGAGUUUGGGAUUGCUGCUGCUGAUACCGCCUUCACUUUCCGCACAGGCAUCAAAGAAAUGGCCCGUAAACACAGCUACAUCGCCAGCUUCUUCACUGAUGAUGGCCUGUACAAUGCUGGGGUGCUCUCUCACAGCUUGUGGGAUGCUAACGGGCGACGUAGCCUCUUCCUUAGCGGGGAGAGGGCAGGCGAGCUAUCUGAGAUUGGCAGAAAAUGGCUGGCCGGGCUCCUCACCCACUCUGCUGCCCUGAGCUGCCUGAUGUCACCCGGCCUGGGCUGCCGGAGCCACAUCGCCAAGACAAUCAAAGACCCCAAAAGGAUGUUAUAUGCAACAUGCGGUUCCAACGAUAACAGCAGCUCCUUCAACAUCAAGUGUCACGGCGGGAGGGAGACGCACAUUGACAACAAGCUGGGCUCAGCCAUGGCCAACCCUUACAUUGUCCUGGCUGCUACUGUGGCCGCAGGACUGGACGGCAUCAGGCGAAACCUGAAUGUUGAGAGUGGUCUGAACAAAGCCCCCACUCAGCAGAAGGAGUUCGCCAUUCCCGUGAAGCUCGACGAAGCUCUGGAUGCGUUGGGGGAGGAUCACGUCAUCCGCAGCACCCUCGGAGAGCCGUUCGUUCAGUAUUUCAUCGCCAUGAAAAAGUUUGAGAUCGAGACCCAAGAACUGGAUGAUGAGAGGAACAAGUGCCUGGAGUAUUUCAUCUAGAAAUCCUCCUUGUUUUAUAAUAUGAGAAACACACUUCCUCCUGCCACACAAAUAAAAGCAUGAAAAACAGCUUGAAUAGCUUUUUAUUUUAUAUAUUAUGUUGAUA